AUACUUCCUUUCCCUUCCUUCCACUUCACAGAAUCACAUUUUUCUUCACUUACACAAAUUAUUCACCAUGUCUCACGAUGAUUCUUCUCCAAACCAAACAACAACAACACCACAAGUUGAUGAAGUUGUUGUUACCGAUGUUAAUGUUCCACCCCCAGAAAAAACAACAACACCUACUAUUCCUUUAGAAUUAGAGCAAGAUCCACACCCUGAACCUGAGAAAGACAAAAAUAACCCUGUUGUUGAAACCGUCACUCUCGAAUCUCAUCUUUCCAAACCCAAUGCUGACUCUGAUACCUUCAAAGACGAACAAACAACCAAAUCUUCUGAUCUUUCUGAUAAUGAAAACAAAUCACUCCAAGAGCUUAAGAAUCUUAUUCAACAAGCACUUGACAAUCAUCAAUUCUCCACAGCCACAGUUUCUUCCACCACCAUAGCUACACCUGAAAAAGAAGAACCUGCAAAACAAAACGGAGAGGAAGAAGAUGCAAAGAAGAAAGACGAAGAAGAAGAAGAAGGAGAUAAGAAAGAAGAAGAAAAAGAAGAAGAUGUGAAGAAAACUGAUGUUGUUGUUGGUGUGGAUGACGAUGGAGCAAAAACUGUGGAAGCUAUUGAAGAAAGUGUUGUUGCUGUUUCUUCCUCUGUUUCAACAGAGCAAGAACCAGUUACAGAGAAACUCGAAGCUAAAGAAGAAGCUUCAUUACCAAAACAACCCGAAGAAGUUUCCAUUUGGGGAAUACCACUUCUCGCAGACAAAAGAAGUGACGUGAUUCUGUUGAAAUUUCUACGUGCAAGAGAUUUCAAAGUGAAAGAAGCUUUCACAAUGAUAAAAAAUACAAUCCGUUGGAGAAAUGAGUUUAAAAUGGAAGAGUUAUUGGAUGAGAAAUUGGGGGAUGAAUUGGAGAAAUUUGUUUACAUGCAUGGAUUUGACAAAGAGGGACACCCUGUUUGUUAUAACAUUUAUGGUGAAUUUCAGGAUAAGGAAUUGUAUAAAAAGUGUUUUUCUGAUGAAGAGAAGAGAGAGAAGUUUCUUAGAUGGAGAAUUCAGUUUCUUGAGAAGAGUAUUAGGAAUUUGGAUUUUGAUCAUGGUGGUAUAUGUACUAUUGUUCAAGUGAAUGAUCUUAAGGAUUCACCUGGACCUGGUAAAUGGGAACUUAGACAAGCUACUAAACAAGCACUUCAAUUGCUUCAGGAUAAUUACCCUGAGUUUGUUGCCAAACAGGUGUUUAUCAAUGUGCCAUGGUGGUACCUGGCUGUGAAUAGGAUGAUAAGCCCUUUUCUUACACUCAGAACCAAAAGCAAGUUUGUCUUUGCUGGUCCAUCCAAGUCAACAGAGACCCUUUUGAGAUACAUAGCUCCAGAGCAACUUCCGGUAAAGUAUGGUGGAUUGAGCAAAGAUGGUGAAUUUGGAGAUUCAGAUGCUGUUACAGAGAUCACAAUAAGGCCAGCAGCAAAACAUACUGUGGAAUUUCCUGUUACUGAGAAAUGUUUACUAUCUUGGGAGGUGAGAGUAAUAGGUUGGGAAGUAAGCUAUGGAGCAGAAUUUGUACCAAGCACUGAAGGAAGCUAUACAGUAAUUAUCCAAAAGGCUAGAAAUGUAGCUUCAUCAGAAGAACCUGUGAUUUGCAACAAUUUUAAAAUUGGUGAACCUGGCAAAGUUGUUCUCACCAUUGAUAACACAAGCUCUAAGAAGAAAAAGCUCUUGUACCGCUUGAAGACCAAACCUUCACUCUCUGACUGAGAAAUCAUCACAAGUGGAAAGGACCUGAAUUGUUUUGCUUAUGUUCUUGUGUCCACUUUUACAACCAAGAUCUUCAAAUUGAACUUUCUUGCUGCUUAAAUAUGAAUAUAAAGUUUUUCUUUUAUAUGUUUAAUUUUGAAGAAUAUUAUGUUUCCAAUCAUAUAUUGUUACAUAUUAUUUUUUUUUUUUGUAAUUUUCUUGGUAUUAUUUAUUGUUGGCUUUUUUGUUAUCUUUGAAGAUAAAAAUAUCAAGGUCCAUUUUUCGUA